CCAAAAACCUCGCUCGCUGCGAAACUUGGUGUCUUCCUGUCGAGAAUUUCACAAAGACUCAUAGCGUACAGUUAAAUAAACAAACAUAUUGAACAAUAACUAUAAAAAUGUCCACUAACAAUUCAGUUAUUUCGGUAACAGAUGCCGACCAGUAUAACACACUGAUCAAUGCGGAGAAGACUACAGUAGUACUAUUUACAGCCGAUUGGGCUGAACAGUGUAAACAUGUCCAGGAAGCACUGGAGGAGCUAGCCAAAAUACUGAGUAACAAAUUGCAGUUUGUUAGUCUGCUAGCCGAAAAAUUUCCAGAGAUUUCUAUGAAGCACCAGAUUGAAGCAGUUCCCACCAUAAUUUUCUUCACCAAAGGCACGGCAGUGGAUCGUGUGGAUGGUGUGAACGUAGCCGAAAUUACAGCGAAGUGUAAAAAACUUGGUGGCUCUGUAGCCGGUGAAUCUUUAGAGGAACGUUUGAAAGCACUGAUCAAUAAAGCGGAUCUCAUGAUAUUCAUGAAGGGCGAUCGCAAUGCUCCACGCUGUGGUUUCUCCCGCCAGAUAAUAGAAAUCGUGAAUGCAACAAAUGUUCCCUAUGAGACAUUCGAUAUAUUGAAUGAUGAAGAAGUUCGUCAAGGUUUGAAGACAUAUUCCGACUGGCCCACGUAUCCGCAAGUAUAUGUUAAGGGUGAACUGAUUGGUGGCUUGGACAUUAUUAAAGAGCUCAAAGCAAAUAAUGAAUUAGAAACUGCAUUGAAGGGUUAAAGUAAACAAUAUCAUGACUCAGUUUGCAUGCAAAAUUUAAUUUAUAAAUAAAAUUGGCAACCGGUUUUGGUAACAGGUAAAAA